AAUUGACGGCUGCUGGAAAGGUAUAAAAGCAGCCGCCAGGCCUCGAGGCUUGCCAGGCAGCUCAGGGAAGAGCCUUCCACUGUGGACCUCGGGCCCGGCACAUCGUCCCCUCGUCCUCCUGCCAGUGAUCCCACACCGGACACGGGGCUCCAGCUGCCAGACCCCACCCGCCUCCCGAGAGCUUCCCAGGGGCUUCCUGUGGACUGAACUGCUCCUGCUUGUCCAGCCCCACCAUCCCCAGGCCCCUGAGCCACAGGUGGUGAUGAGGUCCCGGCUUCUGCUUUCUGUGGCCCAUCUGCCCACAAUUCGGGAGACCACGGAGGAGAUGCUGCCUGGGGGGCCAGGGCAGGAGCCCCCAGCCUCGCCCAGCCUAGAUGACUACGUGAGGUCCAUCUGUCAGCUUGCACAGCCCACCUCUGUACUGGACGAGGCCACAGCCCUGGGCCGACCCUGGCCACCCCACCAGCUGGCCCAGGUCUGCGAGAAGAGCUCCCCCGCCCCAGCCCUACAGGACAUCACUGCCCGUUUCAGUGGCCAGCAGCCCACACUGCCAGAAGCCAACACUGUUGACCCCCUGGACUGGCUCUUUGGGGAGUCCCAGGAAAAGCUGCCAAGUCGGAGGGAUCUGCCGAGGAGGACUGGCCCCUGGGAUCUGCACAGACAGAUGGACGGUGGCAAGGCCAGGGGGGUGCCCAGAGGGCGGCUCUGUGAAGCCAGGGUGCCUGGGCAGUCUCUGGCACAACCACCACGGGACGGGCACCAGAGCUCCAACCCGAGAAGCCAGACUUCUGGACAGCUUGGCCAGGCCGUGGCCUCCCCCCGCCCAAGCAGUGUCCUUAGAACUCUCUACUCUCUACUCCCGGUGAUCCAUGAACUCUGACCCCACCCCAAUAAAGCCUCCUGUAAAGAGCA